AUGACUAGCAGUCAAAUCUCGCUCCCGGGCUUCUCAGCACAGCAAGUCAGCUCUCUCACCGUCCUCAUUCAACACGUGCUUAAUCAGGCAUUCAAACAACACUUUGGCCCACUGCCGCUCCAGCAAAAGCAGUCAGUCAUAGUGCCAAAGCCGGCACAGCCACCAAAGCAGCAACAGGCCACUACGGAGAAAAUCAUGGAGAAGAAUAAGAGCAUGGGCAGCAGCAGUCCUAUUCAAGCGGGCACACUCUCCACAAUUGAACACCAGGCCACUAUGCAUAAUUGCGGAGAACCUUCCUCUCGCCUCAGCAAUACACCGGUUUUCGCCACCCCUCUCGCCUCUCUUCUCACCUCUCUUCUCGCUCUCGCCUCUCCGCCCGACUACAUUCGAUUCGCGAAGGAUAUGGAGGCUAUAGGCCAAGGAUAG